GGAGGAGGAGGAGGAGGAGGAGGAGGGAAGAGGGGGGGCACACAGCAAGGCAGGAAAAGAAAAAACACACGUAUCCCUGUGAGCCCAUUGGUCCGCUGGUUUUUUUUCCCUUGCGCUGCCACAAUACUGCACACACGUGACCUGCCUGUUUUCAGCCAGUUUUAACGCAUGUAGUUAGUCCCAAAGACAGGACACUGGCGUCCGCCGCACACAGGCACGGCUGAAGCACGGUCCCAGGUGAACCGAGGGGAAACGCUGGUCGGAGGGUGGACCAUGGCGGCUGCCACAAGCAGCAACACAUCCAGCAGCACGCUGCAGAUCAAGCACUCCGGCAUCGAGCAUACGCGGAAACGCAUAGAUCCGAGGAGGAGGCAAGCGGCGCUGUCGUUUCUCAGCAAUAUCUCCCUGGACGGGCGGCCGGUACAAGACGAUGCGGACAACCAGACCGAGGAGGACCACCACUGCGUUGAGGCCGGGGCUAGACACAGCCUGCUGUCCCCGGAGCGCUCCGUGCAGACGGCUGCCGGCAGCGCGGCCGCCCAGACCCUGGCUGCUGCACACCAGGCUCUCCUGGCUCACCCCCGGGCUGCUUUCGGGACGGCUUCCUCUGCCACAGCUGCCCCGGCCGGGACGGGGACGGAGCUGGAGCCGGAUGCGUUCGGGCCCUCGAUAUUCAGCUCCCCCUUCUCUGCGGUUCCAGCCGCGACGAGAGGAAGGCUGCAGACCUACACUCAGGGAAUCCUACCUGCCCCCUAUUCCAGACAAGCCCCCCAGAACUACUGCAGUCUGGAGGCUGGACAGAUAGCCAACUCUGCCAUAGAGCUGCAGAGGUCAAGACGUAGACUCAUCUCUCAGCGUUCCUCGUUGGAGACUUUAGAGGACAUUGAGGAGAACGCUCCUCUGCGCAGAUGUCGAACCCUAUCGGGUUCACCCCGACCAAAGAGCUUCAAGAAGGUCCACUUCAUAAAGAAUAUGAGGCAACAUGAUAUGCGCAAUGGAAGGAUAGUCCUUAUCAGUGGCAGAAGAUCCUUCUAUAGUGUAUUUUCUGUGCUGCCCUAUCGAGAUUGUAGCCAAGCAGGGGAUGUGAAGCUGGAUGGCGGGCGUCAGCGGCAUCCCUCGGGCGGUGUCAGUGCCAAGGAGAUGGUGAUUGGGCUGGAGGGAGUGGAGCUUGGAGCUGAUGGAAAGACAGUGUCCUACACUCAGUUCCUAUACCCCACCAACGUCCUGGGCGGUCGGAGGAACACCAUCGACUCCACGUCGUCCUUCUCCCAGUCUCGAAACACCAGCCACCGCAGCCUCAGCCUGGGCCGCGCCAACAGCAACCAGAGCAGCAUAGACACAGGCAAUGAUCUGGUGGACUUUCGUGACUACGACCCCAAUCUGCUGGAUGACCCCCAGUGGCCUUGUGGAAAGCACAAGAGAGUCCUCAUCUUUCCCUCCUACAUGACUACCGUCAUUGAGUACGUCAAACCCUCUGACCUCAAGAAGGACAUGAACGAGACCUUCAAGGAGAAGUUCCCCCACAUACGGCUGACGCUCAGCAAAAUUAGGAGUUUGAAGAGGGAAAUAAAAAAGCUGGCCCAGGAGGAGUGUGGCUACGAGGAGCCCACGGUGGCCAUGGCCUUUGUCUAUUUCGAGAAGCUCGUUCUCCAGGGCAAGCUCAACAAGCAGAACCGCAAGCUCUGUGCUGGUGCCUGUGUCCUCCUGGCCGCCAAGAUCGGAGGAGACCUCAAGAAACACGAGGUCAAGCUACUUAUUGACAAACUGGAGGAGAGGUUCAGAGUUAAUCGCAGGGAGCUGAUCGCCUUUGAGUUCCCUGUUCUGGUGGCGCUGGAGUUCAACCUGCACCUCCCAGAACACGAGAUUAUGCCCCAUUACAGACGCCUGCUGCAGACCUCCUAGCAUUGGUGACCCAUCAGGAGGACUACCGCCAGGUUCUCCUCCUGAUCUGCGGGGCAGGCGUGCGUCACCAUCACCAUCUUUCCAUACCCCCCCCCCCCGCCCCCACCACCACCACCACCACCACAUACACACUCACACACACACCUUUUAUAUGAGUGCUUCAAGGUACGGCUGGUCGACACCGAACUGCACCAACUCAUUACGACAGGCAACACUCACCUUCCUCUCAAGAGACUUGAAAUCAGCCAAAGUGACGCACAUUUCUUGACGAAAUUUUGCAUUCUUCAUCACUACACUUUUUGACGGACUUGUAAAACGGAAAAAAAAUGAUCCCGCCUUCAGCGAACGAUUUGAUUGUUUUUCCAAUUUGCCUCUCCUCAUCCUUACUUUAAGCUAGUUGAAGGAUCUUGUCAAUUAUGGUUAAGAGGGGUUUAUAAAAAGGAUUUCUUAACUUUUUAUUUUUUUUAUUUUUAAGUAAGCAAAUAAUGAUUGUAAGGUUGUUUUUUUUUUGUUUUUAAUCAUCUUUUUCAUUCUUUGUUUUCGUAAACUUUGGCAUGAUUUGGUUGCCUUCUGACUUGGAUCUGGCUGGACUGUUAUUUUUCACAGGGACUUUUUCCUUUUAAGGGAGUUGUCAGGUUCCCCCUCACUAAAAGUGCACUUUUCAAAUAUUGCAAGAGAUGAGAUGGAGGACAAUUUUCAGACUUUCAGCGGGAUUUUGAAAUAUACCUGAAAAGUAAGCUGGGUUCUUAAGCACUACAUACAUUUCUGUUUGAAUGGACAUUUUAUUGACCCCCCCCCCAUCCCCCAUCACUGAUUUACCAUUUUCUAGCACCCCUACCACAUGGAUAGAGAUGAUAGUUUUUUUUUCUUUAUAUAAAAGUACUUGCAGACCUGUUAGGGUUGCCUAUAGUCAUUACAGAUCAAAUAUUCCACUUGUUUUCUACCUGUUAAUGCUUGCCAUGGACCUGUGGGGAUCAGAGCCACUCUCAGCAGUGUGUUAUUUACCGUGCUCUAUGUUAGAGUGUAUCGCUAGCACGUUUACAGUGCUAAACUGGGGGCCGGGAGGGCCGCAUCAACUUUUAUUUGUAUAGCCCUGGAUCACAAUUACAGUCUCAGAGGGCUUUACAUUCACACAGUGUAAAAGAGGUACAUUCAAGUAACUGUCUAUCCUUAGACCCUCGACACGGAGGGUCGUUGGAGAGAAAUGUUCACAGGUGCAGAGUUGCCGUUAACCAAUGAUCGAGCCCCCCCCCCUUUUUUUUUCUCCCCAAUUGUAUCCGGCCAAUUACCCCACUCUUCUGAGCCGUCCUGGUCGCUGCUCCACCCCCUCUGCUGAUCCUGGGGAGGGCUGCAGACUACCACAUGCCUCCUCCGAUACAUGUGAAGUCCCCAGCCACUUCUUUUCACCUGACAAUGAGGAGUUCGACCAGGGGGACGUAGCGCGUGGGAGGAUCAUGCUGUUCCCCCCAGUUCCCCCUUGCCCCUGAACAGGCGCCCCGACCGACCAGAGGAGACGCUAGUGCAGUGACCAGGACACAUACCCACAUCCGGCUUCCCACCCGCACACACAGCCAAUUAUGUCUGUAGGGAUGCCCGACCAAGCCGGAGGUAACACGGGGAUUCGAACCUGUGAUCCCCGUGUUGGUAGGCAACGGAACAGACCGCUACGCCACCCGGAUGCAUGAUUGAGCUUUUUUACCGCAGCGGAGACGGCACAGAGGCUAGAUGGUCCCGCCUUCAACUGGAGGCCCCCGGGUGUUAAGUCCCCAUGUGGGCAAGCCAUCCUGCCCUGCCGAAGUGUCCUUGAGCAAGACACUUGAGCUGAGCCCUGCACGCUUGAGGUCCCAAUGAAAGGGGACGAGCAGAGAAACACACAUUUUGAGUAUGACUUGAAUCAACAUCGCAAAUUUUGAAAUCAAAUGCGUUUCUGAAUAAAAAAUGACAGCUGUAAUGAAUGAAUUGAAAAAUAAUUUUCCGUGACAUUGUUACCAUGUGUAUGACGCAACUUAAUUUCUUUUUUCCUUUGUAUUCACUUGACUGAAAAGAAAAAGUCAUUGGGUUGGAUUAUGUAGCUUCACACAGAACCAUAAAGUGUUGAAAGGCCACCGAAUCAGGUAACAUUGGGCCUACUUGAAAUUUGAUAUUCAAUGCUGCUUUAAAAGGUCUGGAUAGUAUUUGAAUUAAAGAGAUUGGUAGACGUAACCAAACGUAAGGCGAGGAAAUGAAUAAUGCUGAUUUUAAAGUGAAAUGUUGUUGAGCUAAGUUUUGUUGUAAGCCCAAAGAUUUUACUCUUAAGGAUACACACUGAAGACUUUGUGACACAGACGAUGGGCCACACUUACUGCAGGUGUGUACAUAUGUAAAUAAACUGCUUUGC